AUGGAUUCUUCAGUUGAAUGGCUCCUGUUCCUCGUUGUUUUUCUUUCAAUUUCAAUAAGUAGCAGCAGUGCUCACCGGAUUGGUAUUCCGAGGGGAGCAGCCGUCUUGAAGAAGCAUCAUCUUCCGUCGAAGAGAGCGUUUUCUGGUGAUCUUCACACUUAUUUCUACACUCAAACACUGGAUCACUUCAACUACAAGCCUGAAAGCUAUGCUACUUUUCAGCAAAGAUAUGUGAUCAAUUACAAGUAUUGGGGCGGAGGCGCUGUUACUGCUCCCAUUUUUGUCUGUCUUGGAGCUGAGCAGGCUUUGGAAACUGAUCUUCAAACCAUUGGUUUCCUCGAUGAUAAUGCUGCCCGCUUCAAUGCUCUCAUUGUAUACAUUGAGCAUCGUUACUAUGGAGAAUCAUUACCAUUCGGCUCAAGGGAAGAAGCCUUUAGAAACGCAUACAGAAUGGGGUAUUUAAACUCAGCCCAAGCUUUAGCAGAUUACGCAGAAAUCAUGGCGGAUAUCAAGAACAAUCUUCAAGCUUCACAUUCUCCGGUGAUUGUCAUCGGAGCAUCCUACGGGGGAAUGCUGGCUUCAUGGUUUCGGCUGAAGUACCCUCAUCUGGCAUUGGGAGCUUUGGCCUCAUCCGCACCUGUUCUUUACUUUGAUAAUAUUACACCAAGUGACGCUUUCUAUUCAAUCAUCACUAAGUCCUUUAGAGAAACGAGCGAGAGCUGCUACCAAACUAUACGAAGAUCAUGGUCUGUAAUAGAUUCAUAUGCUUCCCAACCCUGGGGUCUUUCUGUCCUCAGCUCCAAAUUCAGAACUUGCUAUCCGUUGAACAGUGCUUCAGAGCUCAAAAAGGAGUUAGAGUCGAUUUACGUGGUAGCAAGUCAAUUUAAUCAGCCAGCGUAUCUAGUCAACCGGGUAUGUGCAGCCAUCGACGAAACUCAAACUGACGAUAUUCUUUUCAAGAUCUUUGCCGCCGUUGUCGCUUUUAAUGGGAAUAACCGUUGCUAUAUUAAUCCACCAACCCCUGAAUCCCAAACAGUUACCGGAUGGAAAUGGCAGACAUGCAGUGAAAUGGUGAUACCCAUCGGCGUGGGCGAAAACACUAUGUUCCAACCUAACCCCUUUGAUUUGAACACAUUUAUAAAUGAUUGCAUUGGAACGUAUGGCGUUGCUCCUCGCCCUCAUUGGAUCACUUCUUAUUAUGGUGGCAAUGAUUUUAACUUCAUUCUCCAGAAGUUUGGUAGCAACAUCAUUUUUUCAAAUGGGUUGCGAGAUCCUUUCAGUGCGGGCGGGGUGUUGGAACAUAUUUCAAAAAGCAUUCGAGCCGUAACUACAACUUAUGGAUCUCACUGCUUAGAUUUAUUUCCAAAAAGUGAUAAUGAUCCAGAGUGGUUAACCAAGCAACGGAACAUAGAACUGCGUAUUAUCAAGGGAUGGUUGGUAACGUACUAUGCUGACCUUAAAGCAUUCCAAAAAGGAUAA